AUGUGUUCAUUCGAUACGAAAAAACGACGGCUAAGUUUUCAGGAGAGGUCAUCUUCUACCGCAACAGCCCCGCUCGGUCUACGCCCAGGUUUCACGGGCAACAACAAUCACACUAAAAACGGUCAAGGAAGUCCACUGGAUUCCCUUAAGAUUGGCGGUAUGAGUUCAAGAGCAGUGGUGAAAUUUUCCUAUGAUCCUCGACUGGAAGACGAGAUGAAGUUAACACGAGGCGAAACUAUAACAGUGAUUGAUAAGAGCAGCGACGGAUGGUGGAAAGGAGAGAGCGACGGUCGUUGUGGCUGGUUUCCGUCGAAUUACGUGGAAGAAGUUGCCGAUCAGCUUCAUCCGGGAGCUAAUGGAAGUGAUGGGUCGAACGGUUGUACUGUUGUUGUUGGACGCUCUCCAAUAUCAGUCAUUUCUUCUCCCGCUCCUUCAACUCAGGCUAGCUCUGUGCUGGAGUGUGUUGUCGCCCUUUAUUCUUUCGAUGCUUCAACGACAGAGGAGUUGUCCUUCAGAAAAGGAGAGCGUCUGGAUAUUAUUGAUCAUCCGGCUCAUGAUCCGGAUUGGUGGUUGGCAUGUAACUCAGUUGGUCAACAAGGUCUUGUCCCUAAGAAUUACAUCGAGAUUGUUUCUGCUGGAAAAACAUCAACUGGAGGACACAUGGAGGGAGAGCCAUGGUUUUUCGGUCGGAUUAGUCGUGACGAAGCUGAUCGCUUACUAGCUAAUGGAAGGGAAGGCGAAUUCCUUGUGAGGGAUAGCGAAAGUAAUCCAGGCGAUCUUUCAAUUUCGAUGCGUGGGGUGGAACGAAACAAGCAUUUCAAAGUGCAGACCAUUGGUGGCCAACUUCACAUUGGCUCACGGGUUUUCCCGUCCAUGACGUCACUCAUCCAACACUACACUGCUAAUCCGAUUUUCUCAUCAGCUUAUCAUCUGACACCUCGACAUCUCGGUAACUCUCAUGCGUAA